GCCAUCGCCGCAGCCGAGCUGAUAAUGGCUGCAGUUGAGGUGGCACUUUCUGGGCGCUGUGUUGACGGGACUGGCUGUAUAUCUUCAUGAAAACAGCCUUUUAGAUUUAUGUAGGAUUACUAUGACCUUCAUGUUGAGCCGUUUUAUGAUUUAGUCGCUGUUUCGUUGUCGUUUAUCGUCGGUUAGCUAGCUUGUCUUGGUAAAUUCCUCCAGGCGAACGAGCAGCUGUGAUUACCGGGCUCUGAGGUAAAAGAUCCUCUGACAGCUUAGACAGAGACUUUGUUUGACAACUUCACAGUUUACUUUGAAGUCUCUGUGGUUUAGAUUUGACACUUUAUCUUAAUGACAGAGUUACCAGCUCUACAGUCCGUGCUAAGCUAGUUAGCCCCCGUCCUCUCGGCCGUGCUUUGUUUUGGUUUGGUGUCUCUCCCCUCAGGAUGUCAUCGUGGCUCGGUGGGCUCGGCUCCGGCCUCGGCCAGUCUCUGGGCCAGGUCGGAGGGAGCCUGUCCUCUUUUACCGGACAGAUAUCAAACUUUACCAAAGACAUGCUGCUGGAAGGAGUGGAAGAAGUAGGAGAUGCUGCCACCGAACUCCAAGUGUCCAAUUCCAAACUGGCUGAGGUCGAGGCCGCGUUCGCCACUCAGAAAUCCGAGUACGACAGACUGAGGAAGCUCUAUGCUGAGCUGGAGGAGAAACAUGAGGCCUCGGAGAUCCAGAUCAAAGGACAGUCUGCUGAGUACAGAAGCCUCCUGCAACAGAAAGAUGUGGAGAUCAGUCACCUGAAAGCUCGGCAGAGUGGACUCCAAGAAGAAGUCCAGAACCUGCAGCAGUCAGCCCAGUCCGCCUCAGCCGGUCCUGCGCUGCUCCCCGUCACCACCUCUGCCUCGUCUACUACCUCCUCCUCAGUGUCCUCCUUCCUUCCUCGUCCCUCGGGGGCCCACCAUGAUGAGAUGGACCUCAGCGAUGUCAUCUGGUCUCAGCAGGAGAUCAACCGGCUGUCGACUGAAGUCCUGCGCCUGGAGGCCGAGGUGGCUCACUGGAGGCGAAUGUCUCAGGCGUCCACAGCAGCUGGAGGCGGUAACGGUGAUCAGGGUGAGAUCCUCAAGCUUCAAAGAACUAUAAAGGAGCUUCGAGAAGAGAUGAGUCGAGAGGUGGAUGAACAUCAGCAUGAACUGGCUGCCCUGCAGGACGCUCAGCGGCAGAAGCUGGCUGACAUUACACGGAGACACAGAGAAGAGUUGGCGGAGUACGAGGAGAGGAUAGAGGAGCUGGAGGAGCAGAUUCAGAGUGGCGGUAGCCAGCCCUCUUCUCCAUCAGAAGCCUCCAAACUGCCUGAACUCCAGAGGACCAUCAGCUCCCUGCAGGAGGCAGCAGAGCGUCGAGAGGAGCAGCUGGAAGAGCUCUCAGCCCGGCUGGAGGAUGCACAGAAGAGAGAAGCCUCACUGCAGCAGGAGAAAAAUGAAGCUCAGGAGGAAAAUGCCGGGCUGCUGCAGAACUACACCCGACUGCAGGCCUCGGUCACCGAGCUCCAGACCAGAGUUCAGGAGCAGGAGGGGAAGGCUCUGCAGAAAGCUCAGCUGGACCACGAGAUCCAAGCACUGAGGAAAAAACUGGCAGAUGCAGAAAAAGAAAUAGAGAGAUUGAAAAGCCUGCCUGAGGUGGAAACAAAGGAAGAAGUUGAGCAUGCAGACAUCCUAGAACUGAACACAAUCAUCGGGACGUUGGGAAAAGAAAAAGAAUUAAUAGAACAAGAAAAGCUAAAUCUGCAACAAAGACUGAAACUGGCCGAGGAGCAACUAUUAACCAAUAAAGAAGCAGAUUUCGGAGAGUCUGAAUCGUUGGAGGACCUGAAGGUGGAGCUGGAGAGGAGAGAAAAAGCUCUGAGAAACACAGAAGAGGAACGAGACACGCUGAUGUCAGAGCUGGAGGAACUGGACCGGCAAAACCAGGAAGCAACACAGCAUAUGAUCACUGUGAAGGAGCAGCUCAGCGGACAGCUGAAAGACUCAGAAGCAGAAGUGACAAGACUGACUGUGGAGCUCAACACAACCAAAGACCAGAAGAAAGCACUCGAACAAGAGCUGGAGACCCAAAAGGAGAAGAAUAGCCAGAGCGCCUUCACCCUGAAUGACCUGCACAUGAGAAAACAGCAGCUGGAGGGGACGGUGAAGGAGCUGAGAGACAAAAUAGGACUGUCACAGGAACAGAGCAAGGAAGCGCGACGAGAAAUCACAGAGCUGAGGAGGACGCUGCAGGAGAGAGAGGAGCAGCUGUCUGUGGCUAAAACAGAGCUGCAUCAGGUGGAGCAGAGAGGAACUGAAACACGAGGGGAUGAAGAAGUGUUAGUAGAGAAGGAGAGAGAGCUGUCAGAGCUGAGAAGAGAGUUAGAUGAGAUGAGGAGCUCGAAGGAGAUGGUGAUGAGUGAAGAUUAUGAGUUAAAGAUGGAGAACAGGAGGUUAAAGGCUGAGAGUGAGGAAGCAAACAGGCAGAUGAAGGACAGUCAGGCAGCUCUGAAUCGGGCAGUACGGGAGAAAGACACUCGUAUCGAAGCACUGAAGCUGGAGAAAAACCAGCUGGAGGGUGAGUUAAGGCAGGCGGAGAGCACACUGUCAGAGCAGGCCAAGCAGUACCAGCAGACCAUCGAGGAGCUGACGCGAGCACGCUCCAUGGAUGCUUCAGCUCUGCAGAUGGAGCACGAACGAGCCAUCAAACUGAACCAGGAGAAGGACAUGGAGAUUGCUCAGCUGAAGAGGGACAUGGAGCAGUUAGCGUCAGAUCACAGAGACACCAACGAGAUGCUUUCUAUCACAGUCGCAGGGCAGAAGCAGCUGACAGAUCUGCUGCAGGAGAAAGACGCCUUUAUGGACACUUUAAAACAAAACGCCUCAGAUCUGCAGACAGAGAUGGAGAACAGUAUUUCAGCUGUGACUAAGGAGGCGGACACUCUCAGGCAGGCGCUGGAGGAGAAGGACAAACAGCUGGGAGGUAUGAAGGAGGAGAAUAGUCACUUAAAAGAGGAGAUCGAUCGACUCAGGGAUCAACAGAGCAGGCCUCAGCCACUAUCCGAGCCCAGGACUUUAGACAUCAUCACAGAGCUGGAGACUGAGAUCACACAGCUGAAAUCUUCCAGAAACAGACUGGAGGAGGAGGUCCAAACUCUCAGGAGAACCUCAGAGGAGCAGCAAGCCUCUCUCCUUCUGUCUCAGCAGUCCCUCCAGGCUCAGCAGAGCGAGCUCGAGCAGGCACACGCUCGCAAUCAGCAGACUACACUCAACUACGACAGGCUAAUCCACGCCAGAGAUGAAGAGAUAUCCCACCUCCAGCAGGCGGUAGAUCAGCUCAGCGAGAGCCGAAGCCGCGCAGACUCACCUCCUGUGCAGGGAGAUGUCAUCCUGCAGGAGGAGAAGACACAAACUCUCAAUCAGGAGAACGGCAAUGAGAAACACGACCUGUCCAAGGUGGAAAUAGAGAAACUAGUGAGAGGCAUCAAGGAGAAAGAGACUGAGAUCAGCCAGCUCAACGAGAAGAACCUGUCUCUGACCAGACAGCUUGAUCAGCUCGUGUUAUCCCGCGAUGAAGUGGGAAAACUCUCCCAGGUGAUCCUGCAGAAGGACCUGGAGAUACAGGCUCUCCAUGCUAGAGUAUCUCUAGGUGGAAAUGGAGGACACAGCCAGGAUGUUUUGUUCCUGCAGCAGCAGAUUCAGGCGUAUGCUGUGGAAAGAGAGCAAGUGUUGGCUGUGCUCAACGAGAAGACCAGAGAGAACAGCCAGCUCCGCUCCGACUAUCACCGCCUCAUGGAUAUCUUAGCAGGGAAGGAGGCAGCGUUGGUGAAGCUUCAGCAGGAGAACACUCGCCUCUCCAACAUGAGUGACCCCUCAGGAAGCCAGGAGAUGUUCAAGGAGACCAUCCAGAAUCUGUCCCGCAUCAUCAGGGAGAAGGACAUAGAGAUCGACGCUUUGACGCAGAAGUGUCAAACUCUGGUGACUGUCCUGCAGUCCUCAGGAGGAGAUUCCGGCCCCGGCUCCGGGGGCGUCAGCAGCAACCAGUUCGAGGAGCUGCUGCAGGAGAGGGACACUCUGAAACAGCAGGUGAAGAAGAUGGAGGAGUGGAAGCAGCAGGUGAUCACCACGGUUAAGAACAUGCAGCAUGAGUCGGCUCAGCUGCAGGAGGAGCUGAUCAAGCUGCAGGGCCAGGUCUCUGCUGACAGUGACUGCAGCUCCAAGCUGUCAGUGGACUACACCCGCCUGAUCCAGAGCUAUGAGCAGAAAGAACGCAGACUUGGGAGUCUGAGCCAGGAGCUUGCCCAGGUCCAACAGACCAUCACCCAGCUCAGCUCCACUAAAGACGUCCUGCUGGGGAAGCUUGACAGCGUAGCACAGUCUCCUGAAGUCGUAGCUGUUCAGUCCAGUUCACCGUCUCUCACAGCUGAAGCUCCGAGCCAGCAGACCCCUGCAGAUGCUGACAAACUGCGGGAAGAAAUUUCCAGAUUGCAGUCUCUAUUAGCUGAAAGGGAUAACACAAUCAGGACUAUUCAGGAGAACAACCACCGGCUCUCCAACUCGGCGUCUGCCUCGGAGAUUGAGCAGAGAAGUCAAGCUGAGGAGGUUCGGCAGGUCAGAGAGAGACUGGACACCCUUCAGAGGUCUGUGAGGGAGAAAGACCUGCUCAUCAAAACCAAAGGAGACCAGCUGAGUCAGGUCAGCGAGACGCUACGGAACAAAGAGAACGACAACGAAGUGCUGAAGCAGGCCGUCACCAACCUGAAAGAGCGGGCUCUUAUUCUGGAAUUGGACGUGAAGAAGCUGAAGGAGGAGAAUGAGCUGGUGGCUGCACGCUCUCGAGAGAAAGAAUCCGAGUUCAGAGCGCUGCAGGAAACAAACAUGCAGGUUUCUCUGCUGCUCAGAGAGAAGGAGUUUGAACUGAGCGCUGUGAGUGAGAAGGCUGCAACUGUGGAGAGGAUGCUCAAAGACAAAGAGCAGGGUAAAUCCAGUGAGCUGAAUCAGCUCCUGAAUGAACUGAAGUCAAUGCAGGAGAAAGCCGUGGCCUUCCAGCAGGAGAGAGACCAGAUGAUGAUGGCACUAAAGCAGAAACAGAUGGAGACCACAGCAGUACAAACAGAGCUUCAGCACAUGAGAGAUAAAGAGCAGCGUCUUAACCUGGAACUGGAGAGGUUGCGUAAUCACCUCUUGGAGAUAGAGGAGUCAUACACGAGAGAAGCGCUCUCUGCUGAGGACCGGGAGGCCGAGCUGCGGAGGAGGGUGGCACUGCUGGACGAGAAACUGGCUUCAUCUUCAAGUGCUGUGGAAAAUGCAAGCCAGCAGGCCAGCAUGCAGGUGGAGUCUCUGCAGGAGCAGCUGAGCGCCGUGGUGAAGCAGAGAGACGACGCUCUCACUCACCUCAGAACCUCUCAGGAGCAGGUCAACCAGUAUGCAGUGUCACUCUCCAACCUGCAGAUGGUGCUAGAGCAGUUUCAACAAGAGGAGAAAGCCAUGUACUCAGCAGAGCUCGAGAAGCACAGAAGGGAGAAGGAAGAGUGGAGAAAAAAAGCUGAGAGGCUGGAGGACCAAGCAUCUGCACUUCAGAUAAACCUCGAUGAAGCCAACGCUGCUCUGGAUUCAGCGUCUCGUCUCACUGAUCAGCUAGAUCUGAAGGAGGAGCAAAUUGAGGAGCUGAAAAAACAAGUGGAUGUGCGGCAGGAGAUGCUGGAGGAGGCUCAGAGGAAACUGAUGAACCUCUUGAACAGCACAGAGGGGAAGAUUGACAAAGUUCUGAUGCGGAACCUUUUCUUGGGGUACUUCCACACGCCUAAAACCAAGCGUGGCGACGUGCUUAGGCUCAUGGGAAGUGUUCUGGGACUGAACCGAGAAGAAGUCGAUAAGAUGCUGGAGGAGGACGGACGUCACGGUGUUACAGGAUGGGUGUCGAGCUGGUUAGGAGGCAGAGGAGCACAAAGUGUCCCAAACACUCCUCAGAGGCCAACGAGUGGCCCAGGGCUGAACUCAUCUUUCUCAGAGAUGUUUGUGAAGUUCCUGGAGAUCGAGUCGACUCCCUCUCUGCCUGCACCAAAGCUUCCAGUUCAUGACAUUAAGCCUCUGAACCCCCCGCCUUUAAGAAGAACCACUGGUGCUGCUUCCAGCUCCGCCAUGGGAGCUGCAGCAGGCAGUAAGCGAGCUGGAGAGUCGAACCCUUUCCUGGCUCCUCGCUCAGCUGCAGUGCCCCUGCUGGCUGGUUCAAGCUCUGCUGGUUCAGGAGGAGGUCACCUGCUGAUGAAGCCCAUCUCUGACGCCCUGCCCACCUUUACGCCUGUGCCGGUCUCGGCUGAAGCCAGUGCUGGAAACGUGCUCAAAGACUUGUUAAAGCAGUGAUCGAUCCUGUUGAGGAGUGCCAGACAGACAUUUUAGUUUUUACACUACACUGAAAUAUUAGGGCGGUUCUGCUUCUCAGCGCUGCUCUUUUUUAUUUCUUUAAAAAUAAAUAAUCAGAGGAGUCAAAGUCUGAUGAGGGCAUUCUGGUAUUUUGACAUGUGGGCUAUAUUUUUACAUGGAUAACAUCUAAUAGAUCAAAUUUAUUUACAUUGCUGGAGCAGGAAAACAGGCUGCAAUGGCUGUAACAUGAUGCCUUGAGGGAGAACAUCAACUGAAAGUGAUGAGGUCUUUGACCUUGACCUAUGACCUCCAGUAUCCAUUCAGUUCAUUCUGUAGUCAGAGUGGACAUGUGCUCAAAGUUUGAAGGAUAUUCCUUAAAUAUUUAUGAGAUAUUCCAUCCACAUUUAAGGGGUCAAUGACCCUGAGCUAGGAAGAAAAUCCCUCAAAGUGUUCUUGAGAUGUCACAUUCUACUUCCCAAGGGGGUGGUGAACAUAAGACUCAUGACUUUGACCUUUAACCUCAAAAAAAAAGUCUAUGUAUCUUUGAGUCAUAGUGGACAUGGGUGCAACGUUUGAAGGAUAUUCUUUAAAGUGUCUUGACUUACCCUGUUAACUAGCAAGGGAUUAGCAUGAGGCACAAAGACCUUGACCUUUGACCUGCAUCAUAUAAAAUCUUAUGAGUUCAGCCUUGAGUCAGAGUGGACAUGUGUGCAAAUUUUGAAGGAUAUUCCUUAAACAUUUUAGAGAUAUUCUAUUCACAAGCAAGGGAUCAACAAGAGGCCCAACGACCUAGGACCUAUAAAAUCUUAUGAAUUCAGAGUGGACAUUUGUAGAAAUGUGAAGAAAAUCCCCCAAAGCGUCUUGAGAUGUCCCAUUCUCAAGCAAUGGACAAACAUAAGACUCAAUGACCUUUACUUUGACCUCCAAAAUCUUGACUAUUCACCUUGCAUCCGAGUAGACAUGUUGGCAAGGUUUAAAGCAUGCUUGUUAGAGCAUUCUUGAGAUAUCCUGUUCACUAGCAAAGGGUUUACAAAGGCUCAAUGACCUUGAUGUUGACCUGCAACCUUUAAAAUCUUGUAAGAUUAUCCUUGAGUCAGAGUGGUCAUUUGUAGAAACGUGAAGAAAUUCCCUCAAUGAUCAUGAGACCAAAUGAUUUUGACUUAUGAAAUGUAAAGAAAAUCCCUCAAAGUGUUCUUGAGAUAUCGCCUUCACAACCAAGUGAUUUACAUGAUACUCAAGACCUUGACCUUUGACCUCCAAAAUCCAGUCUAUUCACCUUUGAGUCAGGGUGGAUGUGUGCAAAGUUGUAAGGAUGCUUAGAGAAGCAUUCUCAAGAUAUCCUGUUCGCUAGCAGAGCAAUUUACAAGAGGAAAAAUGACCUUAACCUUUGACCUACAACCCUCAAAUUCUUAUGAGUUCAUCUUUGAGUUGGAAUAGACAUUUGUGUAAAGUUUGAAGAAAAUUACUCAGAGCAGUGUUGAGACAUUGCUGUUACAAGCAAGGAAUGAAUAUGAGGCCCUAUGAUUUUGCCUCAAGACCGCAGAAAUCUAAUGUGUUCAUUCUUCAGUCAGAGUGGAAGUUUAUGCAACAUUGAAGGAUAUUCCCAGAAGCAUUCUGGAGCUUUCCCGUCCAUAAGCAUUAGGGGGACCAGCCUAGGGACCUUGAGCACCGACCUCCAAAAUCCAAUCAGAUCAACCUUCAGACAGAGUGCACAUGUGUGCAAGGGUUUAAGGAUAUUCUUAAAAGCCUUCUUGAGAUACCAUGUUCACAAGUCUGGAACUGAGGAGAUGCUCAGUGACCUACAACCUCAAAAUUCUUGUGAGUACAUCCUUGAGUCAGAGUGGACAUUUGUUCAAGGUUUGAAGAAGAGGUAUCACAGUGACAAGAAUGGCCCAUACGUAUGGACAGACCACCUGAAAGCAGAAUGCCCUCUGGCUCAGGCUAACACCUGAGCAGAAGUAUGAAAAUAUCAGAAUCACGUUUUAGUAUUUCCUUAAGUUUGGAGGGAAUGAAACAAAUUGUUGACUUUACCCUUAGUUUCACUUUGAAUUGCUGUUCUAUGCAACAGAAUCUCCCUUUACACAUCGGUAAAUGUUCCACAUUCAUUGUUUGGUGUAAAUGCACAAGUAAAAAUACUCAUGAAGGGACUCCGUGUGCAGGAGAAACACAGGAUAUGAACGUUUUUAACUUCUGAGCUGAAUAGAUUUUCAUAGAAAGUGUCCUUCUGAUCAUAGUUUCCAUCUUUGAUUCUGCUUCAUCGCACAAGUUCUGAACACAAGUGACCUUAAACUCACAGUGUGCAGUUCAAUACGUGUGGAUUGAGUUAAUCAUCGCCUCUUCAGCAGGAGGAAGCGCCUCACAUCCUUCAGUUUCCAUCCUUUGACCUACAACUUUUAUUUCUUGUCUUCUGAGUCUGUUUUUUUCUCUUUUGGACAAUGCAGUGACUUGUCUCUGAUCCAGCGCUCUGCGGCUGCAGCAGACUGUGUGCAGAUUUAUGUGGUCCACUACAUCUGUUAAAACCAUAAAGAUUUUUUGCUAAAUCUUGUCUUUUCCAGACAGCCAGACUGUGAUAUGCAAUAAGCGUUGUAAUUGUGGCUGUGACUGCAGACUGUGGUCGAUCAGAAGCUUGAGACUGCUCUUAUGAUUGAAUUCAGCACUAUUAUAUAGUUCUAUAUAUGUAAAUGGGUGGUGUUUUUGUAUUUAUGGGCACUAAGGAGGUUUUGGAAGUUAAGUGCCUGCAUUUUUGCUAAUUAGAUAGUUGUAUAAUCAGGAUUGUAAAUGUUUAAUAUAAAUAUAUAUAUUUACAAAAUGUACAAACUGCACAUUUAAGAGGUUUUAACCCGACCAGAGCUGGCCGGAGUGAAACUGAGCUGCUCGACAUUUUUUAAAAGCGUCCAUCAGCUGCUGCAGAAGGAAUGUUACAGGGUUUCUCCAGGUGUAUCGAUAAAAUGUAUAAACUGUAAAUCCCUGUUGUAAAGGAAUUUUUGUAGAUGUCAAAUUUGAAACUCAGAGGUGUCAGAGUCGGAUUACCUUGAUCUUGGCAGAUCUUUACCUGAAGUUAGUACCCUUCAUUUAAUUGGAUUUUAAAAUCAAAUAAAGGUACUGCGAUG